AUGGAGCAAAGAGGGAAGAGGACACGGGACGGUCUUCUCGGGGUCCGGCUGGUCCCCCCCGUGCUUCUGCUGCCGCUGCUGCAGCUGGUGGGGGGGGCUCCCGUGGGCCAGAGGCUGUACCCCAUGCCGGCCAGCAUCCUGCAAGCGCUGUCAAGCCGGGGGACGCUGGUGCUGGAGGCGGCCCUGAGGAGCGCCCUGCUGGCCCUGGAGCGGGCGCUGUCCGAGCAGCAGCGGCAGCGCGGCGCCUGCGGGCUCUGUGCCCCCUGCCUCUUCCCACCCUGCGCCAACAGCACUGGCCGCUGCCCACCGCCAGCUGUGCCUCCUGCCAUGCCCCCCAGCUGCCAGGCCCUGCUGGAUGCCCAGGCACUGCCCGAGCUGCCCCAGCGCAACCGGGCGCUGAGCCAGGCCUGUGCCCCCUACCAGCGCCUGUGCCCCCCCGAGGGCACAGUGCACACCUGCGCCCCGCUCAGCGCCCAGCUCUGCCAACGCCGCCUCCAGGAGUGCCAGACGGUGGCCGCAGCCCCGAGUCCUGACGCAGCAGCGGAGGCGACAAUGCCAGGGAGCUGCGGGCGCCGCGGGGUCCCGCAAGCCAACGGCACAGCCCCCCGGGGCCGGAUCAUGGGCGGCAGCGUGGCCCCGCGGGGCGCCUGGCCCUGGCUGGUGUCGGUGCGGCUGCACGGGGAGCUGAUGUGCGGAGGGGUGCUCGUGGGGCGCUCCUGGGUCCUCACGGCGGCACACUGCUUUGGCGGGAACCGGAACGAGCUGGCCUGGACAGUGGUGGUGGGCGACCACGAGCUGGGCAAGCCGGGAGCGGGCAAGCGGGCAGUGCCCGUCCGGCGCAUCCUGCCUCACCCUAAGUUUAACCCCAAGACGUUCCACGGGGACCUGGCGCUGCUGGAGCUGGCAGUGCCGCUGGCGCCGUCACCCACCGUCAGCCCCGUGUGCCUUCCCAGCGGCUCCGAGGAGCCCAGCCCCGGCACCCCCUGCUACAUCGCGGGCUGGGGCUCCCUCUAUGAAGAGGGACCAGCAGCCGGCGUGGUGAUGGAGGCACAGGUGCCCCUGCUCAGCCAGGAGACGUGCCGAGGUGCCCUGGGCAAGGAGCUUCUCACCAGUGCCAUGUUCUGUGCUGGGUAUUUGUCUGGAGGCAUCGACUCCUGCCAGGGUGACUCGGGGGGGCCGCUGGCAUGUGAGGACCCCACUUCGCACCACUUUGUCCUCUACGGCAUCACCUCGUGGGGUGAUGGCUGCGGCGAGCGGGGCAAACCAGGAGUCUACACGCGUGUCACCGCCUUCACGGACUGGCUGAGUCUGCAGAUGGACUCUGCCCCUGGCAGCCGAGAGCCGAGCUGCUUCGACCUGCUGGCCGUGGCACAGCUGCCCCCCGAGCAGCAGCCCCCGGAGCGUGCCCGCCUCUGCGCCUUCUACGCCAGCUCCUGUCGGGCUCCUCAGGGCAAGGCCACCUGUGCCCGUCUGGCUGAGGACACCUGCCAUGCCAGGACGAGGCGAUGUGAGCUGCACUCCUAUGCCCAGACCUUGGUGGAUCUCUUGCACCAGGCUGGGGACUUCAUCCGAAACCAGUUUGACUUCUCCUUCCUCACCCGCACUCUGCCCCAGCUCCUGGGCAAGAUCUACAGGCACUUCUUCCCUCCCCGUGUCCGCAGGGAUGCCCCAGGCCUGGCUGUGGCAGGGCCCCAAUCCAGCCCCACAGCAGUGGGACCCCAGAGACCCCUCAGCAGGUGGGGGGGCAGGCGGCUGCCCCCCUUUGCAGAGCUUUUUGGGGUAGUGGGACCCCAGCUGCAGGACUGGGUGGAGGCCCUGAGGACUGUGGCAGGGGGCAGCCACCUGGUGACAGCACGGGACAGGGAGCAGCUCUCCGGGGAGAUGCAGCUCUUCCUGCAGGGUGAGGAUGUGGUGGAGGAGAUGGUGGCACAGGGACGAGCCUUCGUCACCCAGCUGCGGGCAGAGCUGGACUUUGGCACCACCCUGGGAACCAUGGAGCCACAAUGGGCAUCUGGAGAGCUGGCAGGGACCCCCAUGCCAAGCCACGAACCCCGGAGGGAGAAACGGGAACUGGUGCCCACGGAGCUGCCCAGGGUGGAGGAGGAAGAGGAGGAGGAGGGAGCCACGGGCAGAGCCUGCCCUGGCCUCAACGCGUCGGCGGCGCGGGUGGGCGCGGUGCGGGACCUGUACGCCUGGGUGCUGCGCGUGCCCGAGGCACAGCUGGCCAUGACCUUCCAAGAGAUCCUGGUGGACUUGGGCUCCAAAAACACCAAGGGACUGUACCGGGCACAGGUUCGGGCCACUGUGGGGGGCCGCCCCACGGCCUUCACCGGCCUCGUGGGGCUGGACAGUGACACACUGGCCCGUAGCAUGCCUGGCCUUGUCGCUCUGGCUCUUGAAGCGCUGAAAACCUAAAGGGGCAGUGUGCUGGCAUGGGGAAAGGGCACCUGGAGCAGGUGUCCCUUGUGUCCUUCAAACACACUCCACUUCCAGUCUUAGGCUCUUCCACCCCUUUCUCCCCAGUGGUACCUCAGUCUCUCUUCCCACCAGCACUUCCUUACUUCCCCAGGGCAAUGGGGCCCUGGCGGGUACCUGAGGCAUCUCAUCCAGGAAUCACAG